AUGGAUCCGCAAGAGCAGGAGCAGGGAGGAGACGAUGAAGCACGCUUGGGCGUGUGUUUCGUGCACCCCUCGUGGUUUGGCGGACCUUUGGGUCCUCACAACGUGCUCGACUUCUUCAGCGCCUCCGACUUUUAUGACAAGUCAUGCAACAACGAGUUGCUGCGCAUGCAAGAGCGCGACAUGUCGCUGCUGCGGGCCAUGACUGGCCUCGAGUACGAGAUCCGCUACGCCGACGAGGCGCAAGGGAUCUUCUUGCUCUGCAAGCAGAUCCGAGAGAGCCCCGACCUGGCGCACCCGCAAACCUACUACUACGUCAUGCACGGCACAGUCUACCAGUGCCCCACCAUCCAGCACGUGCUCACAGCCCGCAUGACGACGUGCUCGUACCACCUGGAGGAGGCCUUCCGCAUGGUGAGCGCUGCGGUGCGGUUCGACCCCUCGACGGAGCCCAACUACUCCUACGACUUCACCGCCGCUACCGACGCCGCCCAGCCAUCCGCCGACGAGGAUCCCGAUCGCCCAGAAGACGAUGCGGCGGUGCCGGAGAAGACGCAAGAGGAGCUCUAUCGGCUGCAGCAGACGGCCGACCGGUCCUCGCGCAUCCUCAAUUCCAUCGUGGGCCAGGGCAAGCGACCAGGAGACACUGCGGGCACCAAGAAGCGACGUCUUGUCGAUCUCUGA